AUGACGUCACGACAACUGACAUGCCAUAAUGGAUUCCGUUAUUUUACGUCACUUACGGCCCUUUUCAAAAGCUUUCUCUCUUUCUUCCGAUUUCAAUCUUUUUUAGUUUUAUUUUUUGUUUCCUUCUUUGUCUUUAAUUAUUUAUUUUCUUUCUUUACUUCCUUUUACUUUCUUUUUUUAAGUUUUCAUUCAUUUUCCCUUUUAAUUCUCUCGCUCUCUCUCUCUUCCUUUACUUUUUCUUUUGAUUCUCUGUUUUGUAUUUAUAAAUUUAUACGCUUUUACAUUAUUAAUUUCCUUUUACUUUCGUUCUCGAUUUUUUCUUUAUUUAAUUCAUUUCUUUACCUUUCAUUCAAUUUUUCUUUCUUCCGUUUUCCUUUGUUAUUGCUUUUCUUUUUUUCUACUUCAGUUCGCCCUUCUUUAUUGUGUUUUUUCAUCUUUCGUUAUGUUUCUUUUCUUUUUGUUCUUGCUUUUCUCGUUUAUUCAUUUCAUUUUUCUUUCUUUCCUUCAUUGAUUGUAUUUGAUUCACCAAAAAAUAUUUUCUGCAUUUACUCCUUAUUUCUUUUCUUUUCCUUUCCCACCAUUUAUUCCUUAUUUCUUUACUUUUCCUUUCCCGCCAUUUAUUCCUUAUUUCUUUACUUUUCCUUUUCGCCAUUUAUUCCUUAUUUCUUUUCUUUUCCUUUCCCGCCAUUUAUUCCUUAUUUCUGUUCUUUUCCUUUCCCACCAUUUAUUCCUUAUUUCUUUACUUUUCCUUUCCCGCCAUUUAUUCCUUAUUUCUUUUCUUUUUCUUUUCCCGCCAUUUAUUCCUUAUUUCUUUACUUUUCCUUUUCGCCAUUUAUUCCUUAUUUCUUUUCUUUUCCUUUCCCGCUAUUUCCUUCAAAUAUGUUUAUGUUCUUUCUUUCUAUGAACUUUAUUUAUGUACUAAUCGAUCUAGGGAGACUCUCUCUCUCUCUCUCUCUCUCUCUCUCUCUCUCUCUCUCUCUCUCUCUCUCUCUCUCUCUCUCGAAAAAUAAAAAAAUCCAAAAAACUUUUAGGCGUUCUUGUAUCCGCUAUCCACUGCUCCACCGUGCCUCAUCCAUCCAUCCAUCUAUCUAUCUAUCUAUCUAUCUAUCUAUCUAUCUAUCUAUCUAUCUAUCUAUCUAUUAA